ACACCUGGCCAGGUAAAAUACUGGUGGUGUAGACGUGGCAAAUUCCAGCACUCUCUAGAGCGCUCUGGAGCUUUCCAGAGCGCUCUGGAGCUUUCCUAUCCUGGUAUAUAAAUGCGAGGGUUUUUCUCUGGCAUUCCAAGAAGCAAGAAAGAAGAUUUCGAUCGAUCGGUGAGUGGAAAGAAAGAAAUUCGUAGCUAGAUUCUCUAGAAAUCGAGUGAGCAAGGUCGCAAUGUCGUCGACAGCGCCAGCAGUAGGGAUCGACCUGGGCACGACGUACUCGUGCGUCGGGGUUUGGCAGCACGAUCGAGUGGAGAUCAUCGCCAACGAUCAGGGCAACCGGACGACGCCCAGCUAUGUCGCUUUCACGGACACGGAGCGGCUCAUCGGCGAUGCCGCCAAGAACCAGGUCGCCCUCAAUCCCUCCAACACCGUUUUCGAUGCCAAGCGGCUCAUCGGCAGGAAAUUCAGCGAUCCAUCCGUCCAGGCGGACAUGAAGCUGUGGCCCUUCAAGGUGAUCGCGGGGCCGAGCGACAAGCCCAUGAUCGUGGUGACUUACAAGAACGAGCAGAAGCAAUUCUCGGCCGAGGAGAUCUCCUCCAUGGUUCUCACCAAGAUGAAGGAGAUCGCGGAGGUUUUCGUGGGCAAGAGCGUCAAGGACGCGGUGGUGACGGUGCCUGCCUAUUUCAAUGACUCGCAGCGCCAGGCUACCAAGGACGCCGGGGUGAUCGCGGGUUUGAAUGUGCUGAGGAUCAUCAACGAGCCCACCGCGGCGGCCAUCGCCUACGGCCUGGACAAGAAGUCGUCGAGCACCGGCGAGAAGAACAUCUUGAUCUUCGACUUGGGCGGUGGAACUUUCGAUGUCUCGACCCUCACGAUCGACCAGGGGGUGUUCGAGGUCAAGGCCACGGCCGGAGACACGCACUUGGGUGGCGAGGACUUCGACAACAGGAUGGUGAACUUCUUCGCGCAGGAGUUCAAGCGGAAGUACCGCAAGGACAUCAGUGACAACGCCAGAGCGCUGCGGCGAUUGAGGACGGCCUGCGAGCGAGCCAAGCGGACGCUCUCGUCCACGUCCCAGACGACGAUCAACGUCGAGUCGCUGUACGAGGGGAUCGACUUCAACGCGAGCAUCACCCGGGCCAGGUUCGAGGAGCUGUGCAUGGAUUUGUUCCGCAAGUGCAUGGAGCCAGUGGAGAAGUGCCUCAAGGACUCGAAGAUGGACAAGGGAUCCAUCCAUGACGUGGUUCUCGUCGGCGGCUCCACCCGGAUCCCCAAAGUCCAGCAGCUACUCCAGGACUUCUUCAAUGGCAAGGACCUGUGCAAGAGCAUCAACCCGGACGAGGCGGUGGCGUAUGGCGCGGCGGUCCAGGCGGCGAUCCUCAGCGGCGUGGAGCACGAGAAGGUGCAAGAGGUGGUGCUCCUCGACGUAGCUCCGCUCUCGCUGGGACUGGAGACCGCCGGAGGAGUCAUGACGACGCUCAUCCCGCGGAACACCACCAUUCCGGCUAGGAAGGAGCAGAUCUUCUCGACGUACUCGGACAACCAGCCGGGCGUCUUGAUCCAGGUGUUCGAGGGCGAGCGUGCUCGGACCCGAGACAACAAUCUCCUGGGGAAGUUCGAGCUCUCCGGCAUUCCUCCGGCUCCCAGGGGUGUCCCGCAGAUCACGGUGGCGUUCGACAUGGACGCCAAUGGUAUCCUCAACGUCUCGGCGGAGGACAAGACGACCGGGAAGAAGAACAAGAUCGUCAUCACGAAUGACAAGGGGCGGCUGAGCAAGGAGGAGAUCAGCAAGCUCGUCCAGGAGGCGGAGAAGUUCAAGGCGGAGGACGAUGAGGCGAGGAAGAAGAUCGACGCCAGGAACGCGCUGGAGAACUAUGCGUACAACAUGAGGAACACGCUCCGGGACGACAAUGUGGCUGGGAAGCUGGAUCCCGCGGACAAGAAGAAGAUCGAGGAGGCGAUCAACAAGACGAUCGAGUGGCUGGAUGCGAAUCAGCUGGCGGAGGUGGAGGAGCUCGAGGACAAGCAGAAGGAGCUCGAGGGGAUCUGCAACCCGGUGAUCGCGAGAAUGUACCAGGGUGGUGGUGGUGGUGGUGGUGCCGGCGGCGCCGCUCCAGGCGGCGGCGCUGGGUUUGGAGGAGGCUCGGGCGGAUCCGAUGGCCCGGGGCCCAAGAUCGAGGAAGUUGACUAGAAGUGUACAUGACAUGUAUUAAGAUGUAUAGCUCGCGAUAGGCUUUUUGGUUGUAAUGUUUUGUUUUGAAAUUUCAAAGAGUUUAAAACUCUAUUGCAUUG